AUGGGUCAGUGCCAAUGCAGCGUCCCCAGUGUGGAAGAAGAGGAAUCAGCGCGCCAAUUCCGAGCCCUGUUUCCCCAGAACAAUCUGGUGGGUCGAUUCGAGAUGAAGGACUUUGUGGCAUCUCGUGCCGAACUAUGGGCCAUGUUAAGUGUGAACCUGAAUCUGAGUGAAAGCGUCUGUCAAGUUACCGCCACUCGAGUGGCCAUGGAGUUGACAAGUGGAUUGGAGGGAGACGCGGCGCUCAACGCCGAGAUUACCGAAGCGCAGUUUCAUGCCUUUCGAUGUCGGUAUAUGCUAGAUGGCAAGGGCGCACAAGAAUUCUUUCAUCGUUGUGUCUUUGCAUCGUUUGACGCCGACUGCAGUCACUGUCUGGAUGCGGCCGAACUGGAUACCUUUUUGGAUACGUUUUAUGGAUCCGGGUCCAUUUUCCAAGGAGAUGCCAGAUUACCACCCAAAGAAGAACUCAAACAGAGAAUACUCAGCAAUAGCAAUGGUGGAGAUCAGCUGACCUUUGAGGAAAUCAGAGAUGUCUUGAGAGGAAAUACUACCAAAAAGAACACGACAACCACCACAAACUCUUCUACUCCGUCGACCUCAACAGUGGACCCCAACAAUAAUAACAACAAUAACUCCAAACAUCCGACAACACAGUCAUUACACGACACCAAUAUUAUCAACGACAAAACUAACAAAGAACCGGAAGAAACACCAGAGACUCCUGGCGACUUGGCACCGCCGUCCAAGGAGAUGAGUGCGAAGGAUAAGGAUGAACCCGAACAGACGCCAGAGGUGCAACCCUUUGAAGCUACGUUCGAGACUACCUUUGAAACCAACUUUGAAACCAUGACGACGGAUGAUAACAACAACAAUAAACCUCCAUCUCCAACACAGCCACGAAAACCACGACAACGCAAGUCUGUCAAGGGCGACCGUGGCAAGUCCAGGUCGCGAUCUCCUUCCGCAAGAACGCCCCGAAGAACACAGAGUGGACGAUCCACGUCACCCUCCGCACGAAAACGAACGGGCAACAAAUCCAGGUCGCCUUCGGCACGAACGCGACGAACCAGUUCUCGUCCGACUGCUUCUGGCAGUAGUGAGGAGCUUAGCAAUAGGAGUGGACACGGCGGGAAAUCCAAAUCACCGUCAUCCUCCAGAGGUCUUGGCAGUAGUGAAGAACAACUCUCCAAUAGGAGUGGUCAUGGCGGAAAAUCCAAAUCACCGUCAUCCUCCAGAGGUCUUGGCAGUAGCGAAGAACAACUCUCCAAUAGGAGCGGCCAUGGCGGAAAAUCCAAAUCACCAUCAUCCUCCAGAGGUCGAAAAUCGGUUGGCGGUAAUAGUGAAGAACAACUCUCCAAUAAAAGCGGUCAUGGCGGAAAAUCCAAAUCACCUUCGGCCACGGGUCGAAGAUCCAUGCGCCCCAUUCCAACAUCCGGCAGUGAAGAACGAAAAGCUGGCCGAUCGAGAUCGCCGUCGUCGAGGACCCGGAAAUCCAUCCGGGCGUCCAAGUCGUUUGACGAAAGCCACGUCAGUAUGAGCAGUGGAGGUACUCGCCAAGGAAAACCCAAACGUCGACAUUCCACCAAUCAAGCCAAGAGGAACGCUUCCAAAUCACCCAAGCGACCGGCCACGGAAACGACAACGAAAAGCAGCCCGGAACGGCAGUAA